AUGGCGCAGGUUCAAGCUCCUUCUUCGCAUUCGUCUUCUCCUCCGGUUUCUAUCGCAGACGGAGCCUCGGCGGCGACGGGUGGAAGCGACGGAGUGAAUCACGGUGCUCUCUGUUCGCUCUAUGUCGGAGAUCUGGAAUUCAAUGUGACUGAUUCUCAGCUUUAUGACUAUUUCAAUGAGGUUUCUCCGGUUGUUGUAUCGGUUCGUGUUUGUCGCGACGCUGCCUCCAAUGCCUCUCUUGGAUAUGGUUAUGUCAACUACAGCAAUAGCGAUGAUGCGGAAAAGGCAAUGCAUAAGCUCAAUUACAGUCAUAUCAACGGGAAGAUGAUUAGGAUUACUUACUCUUCACGUGAUUCUUCUGCUCGUAAAAGUGGGAUUGGGAACUUAUUUGUCAAGAAUUUGGACAAGUCAGUUGACAACAAAACUCUGCACGAGGCGUUUUCCGAGUGUGGGAAUAUUGUGUCCUGUAAGGUUGCGACUGAUCACUUGGGUCAGUCUAAAGGAUAUGGCUUUGUGCAGUUUGAGAGUGAGGAUUCUGCUAAAAAUGCUAUUGAGAAGCUGAAUGGCAAAGUGCUGAACGACAAACAGAUUUUCGUUGGGCCUUUCCUCCGGAAGGAGGAAAGAGAGUCGGUUGCUGAUAAGAUGAAGUUCACUAAUGUUUAUGUGAAGAAUCUGUCGGAAACGGCUACGGAUGAUGAGUUGAAGACUACUUUUGGUCAGUAUGGUAAUAUUUCUAGUGCUGUCGUUAUGAGGGACGGAGAUGGGAAGUCCAGGUGUUUUGGAUUUGUCAACUUUGAAAAUCCUGAAGAUGCAGCCCGUGCUGUUGAGGCCCUCAAUGGAAAGAAGUUUGAUGACAAAGAGUGGUAUGUUUGUAAAGCUCAGAAGAAAUCUGAGAGGGAACUUGAGUUGAGCAGAAGAUAUGAACAAGGCGCAAGGGAGACAGGAAACCAAUUGGAUGGGUUGAAUUUGUAUGUUAAAAACCUUGAUGAAACCGUCACUGAUGACAAGUUGCGUGAGUUGUUUGCUGAAUUCGGUACAAUUACUUCUUGCAAGGUUAUGCGAGACCCUAGUGGUACCAGCAAAGGAUCAGGAUUUGUUGCCUUCUCAGCUGCCAGUGAAGCUUCUAGAGUGCUGAAUGAAAUGAAUGGUAAAAUGGUUGGUGGAAAACCGUUGUAUGUUGCUCUUGCUCAAAGGAAAGAAGAAAGAAGGGCUAAGCUGCAGGCGCAGUUUUCUCAAAUGAGACCUGCCUUUAUCCCUGGUGUGGGUCCUCGUAUGCCAAUAUUCCCGGGUGGUGCUCCAGGUCUUGGACAACAAUUUUUUUAUGGUCAAGGGCCUCCAAUCAUUCCUCACCAGCCUGGAUUUGGAUAUCAGCCUCAGCUGGUUCCUGGAAUGAGGCCCCCGAACUAUUUUGGCCCCAUGAUGCAGCCAGGUCAGCAAGGUCCACGACCAGGUGGGAGGCGGUCAGGUGAUGGACCCAUGCGUCACCAGCCUCAGCAGCCAAUGCCUUUUAUGCAGCCAUCGAUGAUCCCAAGAGGACGCGGAUACCGUUACCCUCCAGGUAGAAACAUGCCCGACGGUCCAAUGCCGGGAGGAAUGGUUCCAGUUGCUUAUGACAUGAAUGGAAUGCCUUUUGGUCAGCCUAUGCCCGCUGGUGCAUUGGCUUCUUCCCUUGCUAGUGUCCCUUCUGCUCAGCAGAGAACAAUUCUAGGUGAGAGUCUAUACCCAUUAGUGAAUCAGAUAGAUCCCGAGAACGCUGCCAAAGUGACCGGUAUGCUUCUUGAGAUGGACCAGACUGAAGUGUUGCAUCUGCUCGAGUCACCAGAGGCUCUAAAUGCCAAAGUUUCAGAGGCAUUGGAUGUGUUGAGAAAUGUGAAUCAGCCAACGGAGGUGAGUGAAGGCAAAAGUGGAAGCCCAAGUGAUCUCAUGGCUUCACUUUCCAUCAAUGAUCACUUAUGA